AUGACGGAACCAAAAGAAGAACGAAGGGAAAGGAGAAUGUCAUCUCCGAUAAUGCCUGAAAAUAUGUCUGAUUUUGAUUUAAUAGUUGGAGAAAUCGAAGCGGAAAACGGAGCGGAAGGCAGUUUCCAAAGAGCUGCCGAGUGCUUCAAGCUAAUAGAAGAUCGUGUGUCGGAAGAUCCAGAUCUCAGCGAAAUAAUGGAAAAUAUUCGAAUGAAUCAAGGGUGUGAAGUUAGUGGUAUGUCAACUGGUCUUUCAAGUACGGCCACAACGGUUUCGUCAAAAAUGGCAUCCCAAUGGAUAUCCCAUAUGAAAAGAAGUUUCAAACGUCGCGCAAUUUGUCUUUCAGAAGAGCAGCAAUCUGCAAUGCGGAAGAUGGUUACCGAGGAAUUAUACACUCAGCAUGGCCCAGCGGACCUCGCCGUACGCGACAUUCUGUUGCUGUAUAGCCGAGGUCUUGAAGCACAUCACGAUGGACGUUAUCGAGAGAUGUUCGAACGAUUACGGCCAUGUAUUCCAUACUUCAACACCAAUGUUCUCGUCUGGAUUCGGAUCUCAGAAGCUUUGAUUUAUGAGUAUUACGAGGAGACUUGGGAGUUCAAUGAUAUCUACGAUCGUCUUUUCGAAAAGCAACCUCAUCAUUAUAUGCCAUCGGUACGGCGGCGAUGCAACGAAAUGCGACCUCGACAUCCGGAUAUGACUCUUCGAUUCGCUGAAACAGCUACACUGAUGUGCUUCGCUUUGGCAAAACAAUCAAGCCGAGAACCUGUCCAUUAUGCUGCAGCGGCUCUUCACGGAUUCAUGCUUCUCAAAUUAAGAAAAUAUUCGGAAGCCAUAGAAGCUGUAAAUUUCGCCGUAGAACGGUACGAUCGAGCCGGUGAGUGGCAGGAUGAUUUGGCGAUUCUUCUAACAUACAAAGCUGAAGGAAUGAUCGGAAUAGGACGCUACAAUCGAGCAAUCGAAUAUGCACUGCGAGUGAUGAAUGCUGCAAAAUGUGCUCGAGCACGGCAGCGAGCAACUAUGCUGGUAGUCAUGGCAUAUAUGCGAAAACGGAACUAUCUAAAGGCACAUGAAUAUGUUAUUAAGCUUCUCAAAGAAGGAAAACUCGACGAAGUGAUGCUCGAAAACGUGGCUUUACUUGGAUUAAAUCUGGCUCAUCUAAUGGGAAAUAUGAAGUUGUUCAAGCGAUUCGAAUCAAUGUUACAACGAAUCGUUUAUUAAUAAUAAUUGAUCGAUUGAUUGUCAUUAACUAAGUUAUAUCCUGAAUCUACAGAUUCUCAUUUUGCUCUAAUAUUAUGUUUCAAUAAUCAGUUUUUUUUCUCUUUUCUUUCAUCUCAUCAUCGUUUCAACGCGUCGUUCUUUUUUGCCGUUUACGUAAAAAAUAUAUAAAUUUUUACAAGAACA